CGUGGAUAACUGCCCACAACAUCAGAAUAACAGACGCAGUAGAAUCUUCCCAUUUCCAGUCACCAUUUACAACAUGAAGACAAACUACGAUUUGGGAAGUUCAGGAGGCGAAGUAUCUGACAGGUCUUUUUGAAGUACACGGGGAUAUUCGAACGCUUCUGGAAUUGAUAGAAAAAUAUUUCCGAAUGCCCAUUUUCUUUUUUCUUUUGGCGCAUUUUAUCGACGUAGCUUCCUAUUUUUAUCUCAUCUGUAUGAAUUUGAGGGAAGGAUCCGAUGGAACUAUGAGAUCAGGAUUUGUGAUGUUUCUUGGAUGGCUAAUCAUUCAUAUUGCUGAAGUACUGAUGACAGUUGAAGCAGUGAAUUCAGUUAUUCAUCAGUCAAAUUACACCGGAAAUAUUUUCCAUCAGAUGAUUACAAAAUAUUAUCCAACCACUAUCUGUGAUACUGUUUUCAAUGCAAUGGCCACUUAUUUUGUGAUAAUGAUACAACUCGAUAUCCAAAAUCAAUCACAAAAGCCUCGGUGUUGAUUAAGAUUAUUGACGAUAAGAGUGGAAGAAAUCGAUUUAUCAACGAUAUCGCAUUGUACAUUACUACUGUCAUCAGAAGUGAUGGAUCAUCAACGUGAAGAGUAUAAGUGGUACAAUGAAAUUGGUAUGCAAAAAAUCGAUGUGUGCUAUUUUCUUUGCGAACGGUUCUAGUCAGGCGGAUCAGUACGAAAACAUUUUCCAUCUUUUUACGGAUGCAUAAUAAUCAACCGACUGCUAAUUGAAGGAUCAACAAAUCUCGCUGAUUACAUUAAUAAAAUAAAAAAUGAUUAUCGAUAGAAAAACCUGCGGACGAUUUCUCAACCGAUUUAUCUAUUAUUAUUUCAAAAUUCUAGGUGUAUGGUCUUUUAAAUAUUCCAAUGAAAGAGUUUUAGUGCGUUGUUAUGUGGCGACAAUUUAUAUAUGUACACUUUGUGUUAUUUACGUCGUCCUUUUUAUUCUCCUGAUGAAAUUUCGGAUGACGCAUGUAUUACCCUGUGAAACUCCUCUCGUCAUGAUCGCCGACGCUCUCAGUAUUAUUCUGGAAUUCUUAACAAUCCUGUCAAUAUGGAUCAAUGCAGCCUUCUCUCAAGAUCUUCUCCGUGUGAUAAUCAAUGGCUUCAAUGAUCUAUCAGCCUCAUUACGGGCUCUAGAAAUUGAAACGAAUAACGAUACAAUAGUGAAAAAAUCCAAUUAUCUCGCACUUCUAGUAAAUAGUGUGUACUUCUGCUUAAACACCUACAACAUGUUAGUUUUUUUUGACGUAACAAUUGUAGGACUCGACCGCAUGGUUUUAUGGUUCAUCUUCAAUACUUUUCGAGUACUUCCUCAUACUUGUACCGUGUACUUCAUAUGUGCGGUCUUAAAUGUGAAACGUCAUCUAUCAAUUGUCAAUGAUUGUGUCAAAAAAUUACCAAUCAAUAUGUCGCAAUUGAAUAUUCAUCGUGGAAGGUCUUGCAGUUGUGAUAAUGAAAUCAUGUGUCUCAGAGUACUUGCUGAAGUACACAUGGAACUUCGAGGUAUUCUGAAAAUCAUAGAACAGUACUUCCGAGCCCCAAUGUUAUUUAUUCUGUUGACACACUUCGUUGACAUGGCGUCGUACUUGUACGUCAUUUGUCUACAUUCUAUGAACAAAUUCACCAUUUCGUUGAAACUUGCCAUAUUUAUAACUUGGCUGAUAAUACAUACUAUUGAAGUACUGAUAACAAAUGAAGUGAUCAAUGAUGUUGUUCUUCAGGCGAAUGCGAUGGGGAAUACAUUUCAUCAUAUGAUUACUGAAUAUUAUCCUGUAUACGUGGUAAAUACGGUGAAAAUUAUAUCGUUACGAAUUCUCCAGAAGCCACUGAAAUUCUCUUUAUUUGGAAUAAUCUGUCUUCACUCAUCGCUUUUGUUUACAGUUUUCAGUGCGAUGGCAAAGUACUUCGUCAUAAUGAUCCAGCUGGAUAUCCAGAAUGGAUCAAAUGUAACUCAGUGCUGAUCCAACCCCUUCUGUUGACCUGUUUUAAAGAUGAAAAUUGAAAUUUUGCGCGGAAGCAAUAUGAGGAUCAAAUAAAAAUUGAUAAACAAUUUUUUCGUGAACAAAGUGUUUAUAUUUUUUACGGACAUAUUUUUCUGUUCAAAAACUGUAAAUAUCGAUACCAGCGAAGAAAUGUCGACCUAAGGAUCGAUUGAGACUAUCGAAAGCUGUAUCGAUUCUGCAAAGUAUCGAUGUUCACGGGCUGAAUACAACUUUCUGUCAAUGUUAUCAAUCUAACUUGAAUGUAAAGAUUCAAGCACUGAUUUCAACGGUCUUAAUUAUUUUUAGAGAUAAUUGUGUACUAAUUAACGUUCAGCAGUUUUGUUAAUACAAAUUCAGAAACAAUGGGUGAACGUAAGGGACAGAAUUUAUAUUAUCCUCCAGAUUAUGACCCCAAGGUCGGGGGUCUCAACAAGUUCCUGGGUACUCAUGCUCUUCGAGAACGAGCUCGUAAACUCCACAUGGGAAUCCUCAUCAUUAGAUUUGAAAUGCCCUUUAAUAUCUGGUGUGAGGGCUGUGGAAAUCAUAUUGGCAUGGGAGUGCGUUACAAUGCUGAGAAGAAAAAAAUCGGAAUGUACUACAGCACUCCGCUGUACUCGUUUCGAAUGAAAUGUCAUUUGUGUGACAAUCAUUUCGAAAUAAAAACCGAUCCAGGAAAUUUAACGUAUGUCAUAGAGAGUGGAGCUCGUCGUCAGGAAAACCGUUGGGAUCCAAAGGAAAAUGAACAAGUGGUACCCGAGACAAAAGAAGUAUCAAAAAGACUGUACGAUGAUGCAAUGUUCAAAUUAGAACACGGUGUGGAUGACUUGAAAGCAUCGAAAACACAGGAUCCAGCUAUAAACAAAAUUCUAGCUAAAAAUGAAUCGCGAUGGCAGGACGACUAUUCGGCAAAUGCCGCACUUCGUGCUGCUUUCAGGAGUCGAAAGAACGAGGACAAAGAGAGGAAAAAAGAAAUUCCUUUAUUGAAGAGUGUUGGAGUCGAAUUGGAUCUAGUAGAUGAGCAUGAGGAUGACGUUAAAUUGGCGAGAAUUCUCAUGCGUAACAAAAAAAGGGAACCAAAGAGAAACAAAACUCUGUCACUCAAACGAUUGGUCUCAAUUGUCUCCAAAUCCAAAUCUAAACGAAAAGGAAAUCUAGGCAUUCAGAGUAAACCACAAAUAAUUGAACAGAAAAAAAUUCUGAGUAAUUCUGACAGCUCCAGUUCAUCGAAUGUCAAUACUUCACUCGUGUCUUAUGAGUCAUCUAGUUCUGAUGGCGAUUAGAGAUUUUAUUACAGUUCCAAAGAAUUAGAAGUCUAGAAAUAAUAAAUAAUAAGUUAAUAUCGGUGUAA